AUGGCGGAUGGAGAUGAAAUUCCUAUCAGAAUCACCAAUGUAGAAUUGGCUAAAAUAGUCAAAGAGCAAAUGGCAGAGAGUAGGGCUGUCAGAGAGGAGAAUAGAGCAAUGAAGAGAGAGUUAGAUAAGUUGAAAGGCCAAAUGAGGAGAGGAGGCCAAGAAGAGUUAGAAGAAGAAGAAGAAGAGCAAGAUCCAGCCGGUCAAGCCAAUAUGCCGAAGGAUCAAAGGGCAAAGCUUGCAGCCCUAGAGAAGGUAGGAGUAAAGGAUAGGAAUGAUAUUCCUUUGUUCCAUGGCAAAUUGGAACCGGAAGAAUGCAUGGAUUGGAUAGAAGCUUUGGAGAAUUAUUUUGAGUGUGAGGUAGUACUUCCAAGCCAAAGGGUGAAGUUGGCAAAGUCAAAAUUGAAGGGGCCAGCCCUUAGUUGGUGGAAUUUUCUACAAAAUGAGAGAUUGGAAGAGGGAAAGGAGGUCAUUUCCACUUGGACCAGAAUGAAGGCAGAAUUGAAAAGACAGUUUGUACCGGAUGAUUAUGAAGUGACCCUUCAUAAGAAGCUUCAAAAUUUGAAGCAAAAAGAUCUUGAUGUGAGUACCUAUACUCAAGAAUUUCACAAUUUGACCUUGAAGGCCAAAAUGUUUGAAACUGAAAAACAAAAACUUGCAAGGUAUAUCAAUGGAUUGAAAUAUAGCAUCCAAGAUGAAUUAACAUUGGUUAAUGUGGAAUCAGUCCACAAAUGUUUUCAGCUUGCCCUCAAGAUUGAGGAAAAACAAAAAAGAAGAGGAGAACAAAGUAAGGGAAGAGGAAACUCAUUCCAUGGAAGAGGUAGGUUCAAUGGGAGAGGAACUUUUCCUAAGUCCCAAGGUGAAAGCAGCAAUCAAAGUGCUGAUAAUGAUGCUGGUGGCAGAGGUUCAUUCAAAGGAAGAGGGUCAAAUAAUGGUAGGGGCAGAUCAAGAGGAAGAGGCCCUAAUGUGUUCACCGGAAGGUGCUUCUCAUGUAACCAAGUUGGGCAUCAAUCUUUCAGAUGUCCACAAAAGAGUGACACCAGCAAUCAAGGAUAUAGAAGGGUACAAUUGAUUCAAGAAGAGGAUUGCCAAAGCAAUUCAUCAUACCAUACAGCUUUAUCCAAGCAUGCUGAUCCAGUGCAAGGAGAAACUCUUAUGUUCAAUAGAUCACUGUUGGUACCACUCAAUAAGGAGCCAGCACAAAGGAAAUCUCUAUUCUGGACUACUUGCAAAGCAAAAGGUAAAGUUUGUAAGGUAAUUGUUGAUUCCGGCUCUACUAAAAAUCUAGUUUCUUCGGAAAUGGUAACCAAGUUAAAUUUGAAAAGGUUUCCACAUCCUACUCCCUAUAAAGUUUCUUGGUUGAAUAAGGAGCAACAAACUAUUGUGAAUGAACAAUGCUUGGUAGAAUUUGAAAUUGGUGAUUAUAAAGAUAAAGUUUUAUGUGAAAUAGUUGCAAUGGAUGCAUGCCAUCUUCUUUUAGGAAGACCAUGGAAAUAUGAUACUAAUGCCCAGCAUGAUGGGAAAACCAAUGUGUUCAAUAUAACUAAAGAUGGAGAAAAUUUUAUAAUGACACCUUUACCGGAUAUUGCAAAUAAUUCAAUCUUGCAAAGUAGUGUUAUGGUUGUCAAAGAAAAAGAGUUUUUAGAAGGUCUUAAGGAAGAGAAUCCUCCAUGCUUUGCUGUUGUAAUCAGACCUAAGGAAACUAAUUGUGAGGGCAGGGAAUUGAAUUUAGAAGCCAAGGAAAGUACUUGUCCUAAGGUUGUAUUUGAUUUGCUGAAUAAGUAUGAUGGUAUUGUUGCUGAUAGUGCUCAUGAGUCUCUUCCACCAAAGAGGUCAAUCAGCCAUUGUAUUGAUUUGAUUCCGGGUGCUACAUUACCAAAUAAAGCAGCCUAUAAACUAACUCCUGAACAAAAUGCUGAAGUUGCACGACAAAUCCAAGGAUUGUUAGAAAAGGGUUACAUACAGAAAAGUAUUAGCCCAUGUGCUGUCCCAGUAGUCCUUUCUCCUAAGAAAGAAGUUAUGCCCUUUGGUUUAUCUAAUGCUCCUAGUACUUUCAUGCAUUUAAUGAAUGAAGUGCUGAAACCUUUUCUUCAUCAAUUUGUUGUUGUAUAUUUGGAUGAUAUUCUGAUUUUUAGUGGCAGCAAAGAGGAGCAUUUACAGCAUUUGGAUCAGGUCUUGAGGAAGCUUCAUGAAGAAGGCUUGAGGAUAAACUUAGAGAAGUGUUCCUUCAUGCAAGAAGAACUUGUGUUCUUGGGUUUUGUAAUUUCAAAAGGCAGUCUGAAAAUGGAUCCUUCAAAGGUAGAAGCCAUCCUAAAUUGGCCAGCACCUACUACAGCCACGGAGGUAAAAAGUUUUCAUGGUUUAUGCAGCUUCUAUAGAAAGUUUAUUAGAAACUUUAGUGGUAUUUGUGCUCCACUUAUUGAUACUAUUAAAGGUGGCAGAAAAUGUGUUUUCCAAUGGACUAAAGAGGCCAAUGAAUCUUUUGAAUUGCUGAAAAAGAAAAUAUCAGAACAGCCAGUACUUGUUUUACCGGAUUUUUAUAAGGUUUUUGUUGUUGAAUGUGACGCUAGCAAUAAGGCUAUUGGUGGGGUUCUUAGUCAAGAUGGUAGACCCGUAGCCUUCUUUAGUGAGAAAUUAAAUGAAGCAAAACAAAAAUAUUCUACUUAUGAUCUUGAACUUUAUGCUGUGGUUCAGUCGUUAAGAAAAUGGAGGCAUUAUCUUUUACCAAAAGAGUUCAUUGUUUUUACGGAUAGCCAUGCACUUAGUUUUCUGAAUAGACAAGAGAAACUUAACCAUAGACAUGUCAAGUGGAUGGAGUUUUUGCAGGCCUAUACUUUCAGUAUUAAACAUAAGAAAGGGGUUACUAAUAAGGUGGCGGAUGCUUUGAGUAGAAGGACACUUACCAUUCGCAAUUGGAAAGUGCUGGUUUAG